AUGCACAUCGUGGAGAUCGUCCUCGACGGCUUCAAGUCGUACGCGACGCGCACCGUCAUCACCGACUUUGACCCGCAGUUCAACGCCAUCACAGGCCUCAACGGCUCGGGAAAGUCCAACGUGCUCGACUCGAUCUGCUUUGUGCUCGGCAUCUCCAACCUCAACCUCAACGAGCUCAUCUACAAGCAGGGACAGGCCGGCGUCACCAAGGCCAGCGUGACGCUCGUCUUUGACAACUCGAACCGAGAGCUGUCUCCCCACGGCCUACGAUCCACUACGAGGAGGAUAUCCGUCGCCGGCGAAGUGCUGCUCUGA